AUAAAUACGCAUCGUUUUCACAUUCGUCAUUCUUUCAAGUUUCUUCGCAGCUCUCUCCUUUUCGCAUGCAUCAAUAUGACACGGCUAUUUCCAUUUUACCUGUUGUUCUUGACAGCAGUAACUGCUCUCGAGCCGGAAGAGGAGAAAGAAUGCGAUGGAUGUUUAAUCGAGGGUAAGUGCCGCAAAUACGAAGAUACAUGGAUGGAAAAGACGGAAAUAAUGUGUGCCUUGAAAACGUGUCACCGAAUGAGUGAUACUCAAUGGAAAGUAUAUGCAAAAUCUGUGUAUUGUCGGAAGAAUAAUGGCAAUUGUGUCAAGAAAGAUAAAGUUUGGUCGGGCAUGGAAGAUGGUGUCUGCUGGGUUCACAGGUGCAAUAUCACCGGAAGUAAUCGCGUACAAAUCACUUCAAGAUCAGGCGGAAAAUGUGUAGAGUGA